UUUCUUAAACCUCAACCAAAUUGAUCAAAAACACGAAAGAAAAACAUCCGGAAGACCAUGUCUCAAAGCCCACCAGCAGCAAGAUUCAGUGGCAUCAAUGCUACCAAUGGGGCCAAUGGUGCAGUCCCUGUGAAGAACUACCGGCUUUACUGGUGUUACCACUGCCGUCAAUCGGUCCGUAUUGCCUCUACGGAUCGUCAUGAGAUCAUCUGCCCUCGAUGUCACGGGCAGUUUGUUUGCGAGAUGGAAAUCCCCAGACCAAGGAUGGUUGUUGAUUUCUUGGCUUUCGAUCCAUCCCCUGAAGCGCGUUGGUUGGAAGCACUCUCUCUUUUUAUGGAUCCUCCCAUCAGGCUAUUCAAUACUGGCGAUUCAGAUAACCAAGUACCUCGAGGCAUGCCUCGGUUCAGACGUUCGAACAAUUUACUUCACUCCGAAGGUCAAACUUUGCCCAUGGAGCAUCUUCGCAGGCGCAGGAGCCAUAGUGCUGAUGAAACUGAUGAACCUGAAUCUCUCCGUGUUCCUAGGGCUUGGGAUAUCAUACAACUAGCAGGUUCAUUUGGCCAAGAUGAAGGUGCUGCACGCCCUGGUCUUGAUCCUAGGAACUUCUUUUUCGGACUGGGACUGAAUGAGUUGAUAGAACAACUUACACAAAAUGACAGGCCAGGACUACCCCCGGCUCCAGAGUCAACAAUCGAUGCAAUCCCAACCGUGAAGGUUUCAGAAUUACAUCUACGCCAUGAUUUGCAGUGUCCAGUUUGUAAGGAGGAAUUCAAGAUCGGUGGGGAGGCAAGUGAGUUGCCUUGUAACCAUAUAUACCACAGCGAUUGCAUCGUGCCUUGGUUAAGGCUUCACAAUUCUUGCCCCGUUUGCCGCUACGAGUUGCCGGUAAGCAGCGCCAAUGAACAAUCUAGCUGUGACUAUUUAUCCGAACCGGAGGUUUCGUCCAGCAACGGAAGAAGAUGUUGGAGGCUUAGGCAAUUGGCUAGUAAUUUGUGGCCCUGCCGCCGAAGGCGACAUAGAAUUAUGCCCAGAGACUGAUAGAAUCUGUA